AACGACAAGAAUACGAUAAGGUAGUUUAUCACAGAUAAAUCAUCCGUCAAAAUCUAUUGUAAUGUGGCAAUAGCAGUGGAUUCACGGAAGGAAUUGAAUGUUCAGUAUUCCUAUAUUAUACUAGUGAUGAUAAAGUAUAAACAACACUCAUUUAAUAAUUCAUUUAUGUAUAAUGCUUAAGAUAUAAAAAGUUGAUAACGUGACAAUUUUGAUACAAUAUAAUGGGAAAUACAAAAUCUGUGUGUAAAAAUAUAUUCAAAAAUAAAACUAAUAAUAAUAAUGACGAUAGUGGACGAAAAUCAUCGACACAAUCUCUCAACGAUAACCAAAUGCUAAAAAAUGAAGAACAUGAUCAAGAACUUGACAUACUUCGACGAAUUAUUGAUCACAAUCCGGAAUUGUUUAUUCUUAACAAUCUCAUGAUGUGUAUUCAAUUUUUUGAAAAUUAUGAUGAGGAAAUAUUGAGCUUGAAACAAACAUUAGGUUCAGCUCAAGAGGUAAAAUUUAACACGUGUUUACCUCCAUACAAACAUGUCCUCGUACCAGACAUAUUAGAACAACAAGUAGCACAAAAUAUCAAUUACACGUACAUUCAGCCAUCUUUAAUGAUUCCUUCAAUAGAAUCAAUUCAACCUUCCAGAAUUUAUGUUGUUUAUGAUAACAUUGAAGUAACUGAGCAAAAUUUUUCAUCACCAUAUUCCAAUGUUAAUGGAACAUUUACUUACAAUAUGCAACUGAAACAGAGCAAACAUAGAGGAUAUGCAUUACUUCAGCGUUUAGAGGUGAAUCCUUCACAAAACUUUCUUGAGCAUCAGCUUCUAUCGGGUGAUAAAAAAAAAUCGAUAACAAUGUCAACCGUGUAUAGUGAAAGUAAUGAUGACGGUGAAAACGACGAUAGCAAAAGUGAUCAUGACAGAAGUUUACAUAUCGAUAAUAAUAUGAGUCAUAAUAAAAAUAAUACAUUGAUAGAAAAUCGUAAAAUUGAUAUGAUAGAGUCAAAUAAAUGUGAAAAUGGAAGCUUAAAAUCGACAUUAAUAAAUUUACCACCGCGUGAUAAUUCAAAUAUUUAUGGAAAUAAUGAUGAAUUUAAAAGUGUAACAACUACUUCUGUAUUACAUGGAAGAUUAGUUGGUAAAAUUAGCCACAGCAGUCAAAUAAGUCCAGCCGAAAGCACCAGUUCUGGAUAUAGAUCUGGCAAUUAUACAAUUGACAGUGACAGUGAUGAUAUUAGUUAUAAUCUCAUUCGAAAUUCAACUGCUACUGUUAUUUAUAGUAGAAGGAAUGAAUUUGGAGCAACAAUCGUUAACAAAAAAUUUGAUGAGAAACAAAAUCUAUCUAAUGACGAGUUAAGCUCUAUAUUGCCACGACAAUGCUUUGAAAUUUAUAAUCCGCGAAGAAAUAAAAAACAAAAAUUAACUAAGAAAGAUAAAAUGAUACAAGAUGUCAUAUAUUACGAUCAUCACUGUGAUAUUUGGUAUCUAAGUAGUCAAAGGUUUAUGGAUUAUUUUUAUAAAUUAUUUAUUAAUAAGUUAUCAAUGAAUAUGGGUUUUGACUUGAACACUACCAGAAUUACCAUACCAAAUGCUUCAGGAUAUAAUGAAAUUAUAAAUAAUGUAGCAUUCGAUAAAAGUUAUGGUCCUGUCAUUUAUUGUGAUAAAUUUGAAUUAUUACAAAAUAUUACUUCAUCAUCUUUACAUCAAAAAUAUUCACAAAAACAAGGUAUGAAAAAUAAUCGAUUUGCAAUAAUACCUUGUAUUUGGUCACCAUGGCCAGAUAUGGCUGAUGAAUGGAUAGAAAGACCUCGAAUAUGGCCUCAUUAUAAUAUUGUCGAAAAAAUUAAAGAAAUAGGAUGUCACUUAAUUCCUAAGGGUUACAAUGAUGAUAAAGAUAAUACUAGUAUUCAUAAUAAUACAUCCACUAAUUAUAACAAUUCAUUGAAAAAUCUAGAAUGGGAAAUAACGUUUCCAGAAGCUGAACGUUAUUUAGAGACAUGCAUGUCUUAUUCACAAAUUCAAGUAUAUCUGAUGGCCUUAAUUCUACACAAAACGUUCAUUCAGUUAACGACAGUCGAUGACUCAUAUUCUGGACUUACAGGAAAUCAUAUAAGGAAUCAAUUAUUUUGGUUGAUUGAAGAAAAUGAUAAACCAGGUAGAUGGCUAGAAAAUCGCAUGGGGGAAGCUUUAAUGAGACUUUUGAAUUCUUUAUACCGAUGUAUUAGUCAAGAUGUGCCAUGUAUGCGUGAUUAUUUUAUUAGAGAUAAAAAUAUUUUUCAAAGUAAAAUUUGUUUAUUGCGAACGCAAAAGCAAUUGAAAAGGAUCAUGGAAAAUCCGAUAAUGUAUCUUCUACAUGCUAUGCAAAAUAUUGAAUAUCGGCAAAAUUUUUUUCCUAUGUUAGAUUAUGAAAUAUUGAUCAAAAUUCUUACAGAAGAUACUUUUACAUUAAUAAAUCCUCAUUUGGCAAUUACAACUGUGCCAAAUAAAUCUCAUUAUUCUGAUGAUCAACAUUCGAUUUCUGUCAUGAAUUCAUCAAAUAAUGAUUCUUAUCUUGUGGAUAAAAAUUAUAAUCAACGUAAUGGAAGUGGUGGUUUUUGGAAUAGUGCUAAACAAAUUAAACAACCCAGUAAUUUUGUCAAAAAAACUGUACUAAAUAAAACUCUUAUAGAUACCAAAAUGUCUUAUGAUCAAGUUUUAGAAAUUUCAGUCAAGUGUGCUGAAUUACAAGACCCACGAAGACUUUGUUUGCUUUUGGAUUUAUUUAUAAAACAUUUUAUAAAGAUUGCUGAAUAUUUUCACAAAUAUGGAGCAUUAGCCCUAAAAUCGAUAUACAUAGAUCAAGCAUUACGUCUUUCAAUUCUUUUAUUGGAAUACAGUGGAAAAGGUUUGUCAGUAUCAGAGUCAAAUCGACAUACAAGAGAAAAUGUUAAAAUAUAUAUGGAGAAAUUGCAAACUCUCAAAUCUCGAACUAAUCGAUUAGCAAGUGUAAAAAAACAUUCAGACGAUUUAAGAAACAAUUCUGCAUCACCACCGCCGUUACCACCACCAAUGUUGCCAACAAGAAAUGUAACAAAUACUGACUCACCAAUAUUUUCAUCAUCUCUUAAAGACCGUUACAAAAAUAUUAAUGAUAAAAAUAAUAAUCAUAAACUAAGUAGAAGUUCGUAUGAAUGUUAUGAUGGUACCAAAGAUGAUGAAGAUAAUAAAAAUCAUGUCACUAAGGCAAUAGUUCACGCAAGUUCAUCAACGAAUAUUGAAAGAGAAACUUCACAUAUUGUACUUAGAACAGGUGAUGAAGACAAAAGUCUCGAUAUAGAGACUACAUAUAUUUAACAAUAAAUGAAUUAUUAUGUACCAAAUAUUUAUUACAUAAAAAAUUAAAACAAUAUUAUUAUCACUUACUUGUACGCCAUGUUCGGUAUAAAAAUCAGCGGUUCCCAUACUGGCAUACAGUUUGUAUCCCAUUUUAUGAAGACUUUGAAUCGAUGGCAAUAAUUCCAUUUUAUGCUGUUUAAAUGAACAAAAUACAUUGUUUAUUGUCACUUUGUGAUAAUUAUUGGUAAAAAGAA